ACGCUUGCAGAGGAAUGUGGCAGUUUUCCAUGGGCGACGAAGUGGACUGACAGGACUGGACCAGGAGCACUCAGCUGGAACUUUACACUAUUUAGACUGCUCUACAUUCUACACUGGCCAGUUCACUGUGAGCUCUGCAGCCUGGGAAUACAAGGACUGCAACUGGCUGAAGGGACAUGGAGAUGAAGAGGCUGACAGCGCUGCUCUCGAGUCAGAAGAAUUGUGUUUGCUUCACUUGAGUGGACCACCAGGACAUCCUUUGCCCCCCGCCCCAGCACUGGCCCUCCAUCACGGAUGCCUGCGGGACAAUGGGCAGUGUGAGCAGCCUAGUCACGGGCAGCCACAGCCUCAACGCGGCCAAGCACUGCAGAGCUUCAGGCCAACCCAGGCUGAGGCAGGAGAGCAGCGAGCAGAGGAAGAGUGGAGGCUGUAGUCUGGAUGACCUGCUCAAGUGCAGCUUCAGUCCUGGUUCCUCCUCCUAUCCCACUAAAGGCCUGUCCCAUUCACGAUCAGGACGCAGUGAGGACUUCUUCUAUAUUAAGGUAAGCCAGAAGCCACGGUCAACGCAGCACAGGGGAUCCGCCAUGGAGGACAGUGAAUCAAACUCAGAUGAGGAGACAACCCCAAAGCUGUUAUACAAGACUCUGACAGACAGGACAUCCACUGAGCAGCCACUGGUCCGUGCAUUCACGCCUGUUGUGUCCAGGAACACAACCUCCACAGAGACAAGUCACAAAGGCAUGGACCACAUCCUCGGAUCAAGGGAGAAAACAAGCCCAGAUGUCAUUCAAAGGAUUGAAAACCUCUCAGGGACCCUCUCAGACUCAGGUCGAAACUCCAUGUCCUCCCUGCCCACCCACAGUACAGGUGACAGUCUGGGCCCUGCUUCACACCGGGAGAGUAGCUCACCUGCUGCUCACAGCCUCAGUAAGGCUCUCCUUCCCACAUUCCCAUCUUGGCUUAAUGGGACUAAUGUUAGCCCAGAGUCCCGCUACUCCCAUGCCUUUAGCAGCCCUGUGUCUAAGGCUAAUGCCAAUGCUAAUGGCUCCCAGUGCUCCGGAGACAAGUCCAGCCCUCUGAGUGAAACCACAGGUGGGAUUCGAUCGCCCAUUACUGCAGACGACUCUCUGAUUGAACAUUUGGAGCACCGGCUUCUGGAGAGAGAAAGUGAACUGCACAGGCUACAGGUGACUUUGGAGGAGAAAGGAGCCGAAGCCUGUCAGCGCUUUGAGGACAGACAUAGACACUGUGUGGAUGAGAUCGAAGGCCUGAAGCAGCAGUGUAGGAUACAGCAGACAGCCAACAAAAGUCCACAGAGUGUACACCUGCAGGUCAGCAAGCUACAGGAGGAAAAGCACAGACUUGAGGAUCUUGUGCUUAGAAUGACCCAAGAAAAAGAACGAAUGGAAAUGAGACUGCGGGCCUACGAGACACACGGCACAGCACUGGCGCCCACACUGGAGGAAACUCAAUGGGAGGUGUGCCAGAAGUCAGGGGAGAUCUUUCUCUUGAAGCAGCAGCUCAGAGACAGUCAGGCCGAUGUGAGCCACAAACUCAGUGAGAUCCUCAAUCUGCGCACUCUGCUCAAAGAUGUCACCGCCAAGAUGGAGAUGUUUGAGAGACAGAGCCGAGAGCAGGAGGACGAGCUGCACACACGCGCCCGAGAGGCAGAGGUUUGCCAAAAUGAGCUCCAGCGGAGGAAAAGCGAGGCGAACAUGCUCAGAGAGAAAGUGUGUAAACUGGAGAGCGACAUUGAGACUUUAAAGCAGGAUCUUUGUGUGGCCAAAGAACAAGGACCUCCUCAGCCACCCUCCUCCCCUGUCCAGACUCAACCCCCCCAAUGUCUCCAAGAGGAAGUGGACAUACUCCGACAGCAGGUCCAAAAUGAGAGGGAUGCCAAAGACAAACUGUCCAUCAGCUUUGAGCAAGAGAGACAGACAUGGGACAAGGAGAAAGAGAAGGUCAUUAAAUAUCAAAAACAACUGCAGAUCAACUACCUGCAGAUGCACAAAAAGAACAGGGAGCUGGAGAGGAGCCUGAAAGAAGUCACCGCUGAACUAGAGGCUAAGACUGAACUGCGUACAGACAUCCCAUACUGCUCAGGGCUACAGACCUAUGAGGAUGUCAUCGCCACAGAGAUUUAACCUGUGAGAAUGGACAAACAGGUAGUCAAGUUCACUGUUUUUUGGAUUGAACUAUUAUUAUUUAUUUUUCACAAUUUGUACAAGAGAAAAUGUUGUUCCUUACUGCCAAUAUUUUAUUUAUGUAUAUAUUUUUGUAAUACCUGGGAGAAAUGCAUGACAACCCCAGUAUUUACCAGAUAGCAAUUUGGAAUGGUUUAAAGUUCUAACUAUAAGGUGACGAUAACUUUCUGAAGAAGGUUAUGGGAUCCUAACCUCUCUUAAAUACGAUCUUAUACAUCCUUCACAUGUUACAAUUUCUAACACGCAAAAUAAACAACUACCUUUUACAAAUGAGAGAAAGAAUGGAUUUUGGGAAGUCUCAGCCUGUUGACUGACUGAUCUCUGAAUCUCUAAAGAAGGUUGACGCCCACUAUGGUAGAAUGGUGUGCUUUAUUUUGAGAGCUUGUAAUGGUUAUGACAUAGGUUGUAUUGUACUAAAUUUAAGUGUCAUUGUUUCAUGAAUGAUCAGCGUUCUUUAGUCUAGUGCUAUUUUCAUCUAAAGAGGGUUUUGGCACACCUUGGAGACUUACACUCUGGUGCAGCAGCUCUCAACAUUUGGCACUUCUAUUCUGGAUCUGUUCCAUUACACCACAAGGGCAAAGUAGUUUAGGGAGAAGCAAAAGUUUAACUACUCCACCCACUUAAUUCUCCCAAGUAUUUGAGAAAUCUGCACACUCACACACACACACGGUCUGUUCAAAAAUGUGUGGCAAACUCAGUAAUGAGGCUGCUGGAGAUGGCACGGCAACCCACCAUUACACUGCAUUACCACAGCAGGUCUGAGGAGCUUUUAAAGGCAGAAAGCCAAACUGAACUCGAGGCAAGAGGUGCUAUAAGCAGCAACAGCAGCAGCAACAGCAGCAGUAACACUACCGAACACAAACGUUUUGCUUCUUGAAUGUUCGCCCUUGGCACUUACGGAUAAUUCUAAUGUUGUUGUAAUAAAAGGCAACAAUUACACUGUUGACCCAUGGAAAACAAAUAAUACAUUGUGUUCAAUUUUAUAUAUUUAACUCUC